AUGACAGCACCCAACAUCACGUGAAACUCUACUAACGAUCAGCUGUCUUCUGGGGAGUGGUUUAGUGUAGCAAGGGUUGUUUUGUGAUUUUACCCGUUUUCUAAAAGGCAUAAUAAAAACAGACAGGAGUCAUCAACAUCUGGUUCAGUGUUCAGACCUUCAACAUCUGGCUCAGCAUUCAGUGAAGAUAAUAAAAUGACAGAGUACUGGCUAAUAUCGGCACCAGGGGACAAAACCUGUCAGCAAACAUGGGACAAAAUGAACACUGCUACCAGCAAGCAAAACAGCUUGUCUCUUAACUAUAAAUUCCACAUUCCCGAUCUCAAGGUUGGUACUUUGGACCAAUUGGUUGGUUUGUCCGAUGAUCUGGGUAAACUGGACGCAUUUGUUGAACAAGUUACCAGAAAAGUGGCCUCGUACUUGGGUGAAGUUCUUGAGGAUCAACGGGACAAACUUCAGGAGAACUUGAUGGCCAACAACACCGACUUGCCAAGCUAUCUGACCCGAUUCCAAUGGGACAUCGCGAAGUACCCGAUCAAGCAGUCGCUUCGCAACAUCGCCGACAUCAUCAGCAAACAGGUCGGCCAGAUCGACACCGACUUGAAGACCAAGUCUACCGCCUACAAUAACUUGAAGAGCAGUCUUCAGAACAUGGAGAAGAAGCAAACCGGCAGCUUGUUGACUCGCAACUUGGCCGAUUUGGUGAAAAGGGAGCAUUUUAUUUUGGAUUCGGAGUACCUCACCACCCUUUUGGUGAUUGUUCCCAAGAGCUCUUUUAAUGAAUGGAACGCCACAUACGAAAAGAUCACCGAUAUGAUCGUACCCAGGUCCACCAAUUUGAUUAUCCAGGACGCUGAGUAUGGACUCUACACGGUAUCUUUGUUCAAAAAGGUCGUUGAUGAGUUCAAACUUCACUCCAGAGAAAAGAAGUUCAUUGUUAGGGACUUUACUUACAAUGAGGAAGAAUUGGCUGCCGGUAAAAACGAGAUUACCAAGUUGGUUACUGAUAAGAAGAAGCAAUUUGGUCCUUUGGUGAGGUGGCUGAAGGUGAACUUCAGCGAAUGUUUCUGUGCCUGGAUUCACGUGAAAGCCUUGAGAGUGUUUGUUGAAUCUGUUUUAAGAUAUGGUUUACCUGUCAAUUUCCAAGCAAUUUUAAUCCAUCCAAAUAAAAAGACCAUGAAGCGUUUAAGGGACGUUCUCCACCAGCUUUACGGUCAUUUGGACAGUAGUGCAGCGCUUUCAGGCGUCAACGUAGAUAGUGUUGACAUUCCCGGCUUAGGCUUUGGUCAAUCGGAGUAUUACCCUUAUGUUUACUACAAAAUAAACGUCGACAUGAUCGACUCAAAAGUAUAAUUCCAUUAAACACCUCAAACUAAUACUCCCUUAAGUUGUAGAUGAUAGUUUUAUAAAAACUACGGAAAUACAAAUGUGCUGCAAAAAUUAUUUAUCCAAUCCAAAAAUAGUAUUUCUUACGUACGUUAAUGUCAAAAUAAGCACACAUUAUUCAAAAUAAUUAGGGCUGUUGAUAUAUUUUUUGAAUAUAUGUAAAUAUUAAUAAAUGCGUAUUUUUACAUUUUAACAUGUAAAAAUCGGUGCAAUAUUACAAUGCUUGUCACACCAACAAUUUGACAAUAUUAAUUGUAGAGUUCCACUUUUAAGCCAUAAUUUAAAUUAAUUAAUUAAUUUUAUUCUUCCCCAAACAAUUUUAUUUGAGACAGUAUUUUGAGUUCAUUGUAAAUAACAUGUAUAUAAAAUAAAAAUUGUUUAAACAAAAAUAUAUACCUACCUACACAAUUGCUUAAUUAUGCUCAUUUUUAAAUGACUAUUCCAUAAAUGUAUUAUAGUUCCAAGUAUAGUUUUAAAUAUUAUUUUUUUGUCUGUUACAAAGUAGCUGUUAAAUAAUGGUGUUAAGAGGUUAACUUGUUCUUGUAAAUUUGUUAGGUCAUUAAAGAAAUAUUUGAUUUAA